GAGAAAGGGGGGGCUGUGAGAAAGGGGGCGCUUGAGGAAGAAUGGGGAGGAAGCAGGUGGAGAGCGCGCCUCCAUUACCUCGUCCUCCACGAGCCCUCCCACCUGUGCCAAGUGCUGUUCAAGAUGAGGUUCCACUUAGUCGUCCCAAGAAAAAGAAGCCGAGAACGAAAACCAUGCUAGCAAGUGCUUCUUUGGAAGGUCUUGUUCAGACUGCUAUUCAUAGGCCAUCUGAGAGCAGCGAGCCACCAACUAAAGAACUCGCAGAGCACCCAGAAGCUCCUGUUCAGAGAAGACAGAAGACAAGGGUACCUCUUGAAUUGGAGACUGCCUUCACCCAGGAGACAUCUAGUCCAUCUUCAUUACGGAAUGAAAAUGGUAUCGAUGUGGAGCCAGCUGAGGAGCCCGUUAUUAAAAAACCUCGAAGGAAGACAAAGAAGGCCCGGCCAGCAGAAUUGCAGUAUGCCAAUGAGCUAGGAGUAGAAGAUGAAGACAUAAUUACUGAUGAGCGCAGGAGUCCAGAACAACAGUCUGUAUUCACUGCGCCCACUGGCAUUAGCCAGCCUGUGGACAAAGUGUUUGUGGAAAAAAGCCGGCGAUUCCAGGCCACUGACCGUUCAGAGUUGAUAAAGACCACAGAGAACGCAGACGUGUCGAUGGACACGAAGCCCUCCUGGACGACCAGGGACGUCGCCCUCUCGGUGCACAGGGCUUUCAGGUGGCUGCCGUUGUUGGAGACUUUUGUAUUUUCUAGGAUUGACUUUGCCAAAACAUCAGUAGCAAUCCGAAAUUUUCUUGCCCUGGAUCCAACAGCUUUUGCAUCUUUCUUGUACUUCGCUGCUCUUGUACUAUCUCUGAGUCAGCAAAUGACAAGUGACAGAAUCCACCUUUACACACCUUCUUCUGUUAAUGGCAGCCUCUGGGCGGCAGGAAAUGAGGAGCAGGUUCUCCAGCCGUGGAUCCUGGUGAAUCUGGCAGUGACCAUUCUGGUUGGACUGUCUUGGCUUUUCUUGUCUUAUAGGCCAGGCAUGGAUCUUAGCGAAGAGUUGAUGUUCUCCUCUGAGAUGGAAGAAUUUCCUAAUAAAGAUAAAGGAUAACGCCUCUUCCUAAUGCCUCUCACCUUCAGAGGAAUAACAGCCCAGUGUUUAGAAUUCUUCCCAUCCUUGUUUUUAAAUGUAUUUUUAUAAGAUAUGCACAGGUGUAUUUGGAAUUGAUUUUUUUGAUUAUGUAAUACUGAAAAAAUUCUCAAGAUUAUGGAAAUUGUUAAAAUUGUACCUGCGGUUUAUACCCAAACAUCAUCAGUUUAAUGACAAAGGAGGCCAUAAGCUAGAAACAAGUAAGUGAAAGUGCUUAUUUCCUGUUCUGUCGAAUUAGUGGCUUUUAUAAUCAUUAUCUUAAAGAGCACGAGUAACUUUACUGUUACAAAAGCUAUAUCAGGUUUAAACAUAAAUUUAGGGAAUAGGGAAGAAGGGAAAUAAAGACCUUCAUUAUUUAUUUUUGAUCUCUCCUUACUGUGUUCAUUGAAAUAUGAAAUUUGUCUUUUUUUUAAAGUGACUUAGUGACUGUGUAUCAUGUAAUAAGUAUAAUGUAAUGUAAUUUAGCUUGAAAGAUGCUUGACUUCAUGGCUAAUAAAAAGAAAAUAUAUCCUUUUUGUUUGAAAAGUUUUA